AUGAUCUGCGUCCGAAGGAGGUCGAGUGAGAGCAUGCUCAAGCUGUUAAGGCUCAACUACGGUCUUUGUGUACACGCUCUGAAGCCGACAUUGGGUUCAAUAACGUUUCCGCUAUCCAUUACUGGAUACACUUCUUUUCACGGACCUCGACGUCAAAUUCGAGAGU